AGGAGCUGCUUCAUGGAGAGGUGGUAUUUAAGCAAGAACUUCUGGAGGAAGUGUCAAGCAUAGAAGAGUAUUUCUGGUGAUGGGUCUGCCGGAGUGGAAGAUCCCUGUGGUGAUCUGUGCUAAUGUCUAUGAGGUCCUGGCUUGGGGUCAGCACCUGUGUUUGAGAGCCCUUCAGCUCAGCGGGGGUGGGAGAAAACAGAGGCUGACAAUGACAUCAGCAACAGCCGUGGAGACAGCAGUGUUGGGGUAUUGGCUAGCGUGCUCAGUGUGCCAGGCCCUGCACAACCCUUUGUGUGCAUGAUCUCACUUCUUCCAACAACCCACUGGGUUGUCUUGCUGUUGUCCCUAUCUGUAGAGCAGAAUCAGACACAGAGAGGUUGAGUGCUGGUCUAAGCCAGCUCAGAGACUUGCACUCAGGCUGUCAAAUCCCAACUGCAAAGUGGCAGUGUGUCACUGGGGAAAGUUGUGUGAUCAGGCUAGGGCGAGCCCUCAAUACCUAGAGGUGAGGUUGAGUCCUCUUCCCCCCAUUACUGUGCUUUUUUUCAGCCCAGUUACCACUGUCACCAUCUAAGACCUGAACUUUCCUCUUUGUCUUUCUCCUUGAAUCUGAGCCUCCACCUAAACUGUCCCUUUGUCCAGUGUCCACCUGUUGGACCUUGCACACUCUCUGAAGCUUCUUCAACAUCUUCCUUGUUUUCAGAUCCUUCUUCAUGCCUUCUCACUGAGCACUUGCUCCUUCUCUCUGCUCUCAUCUAUUAAGUAUAUGUCUUCUGGUACCAUCAAUCACAAGCAUCUGCCUUUCCUUCCAAAGAGAGAGUUCUCAAGGGAAAAGACUGCAUUGUCCUCAUCCCCAUGUUCUCUGUGGGCAGCAGGCUUGCUGUCAGUGUUAUACGGAUCCUCAGAGGGAAAGUCUCUGCUCCAAAGAACAUGUGGGGAAUAGUGAGAAGCCAGUACUACCUGAGGCUGCAUAAGGAUUCAGGGAAGCUAGGUUGACUGAGGGGUGCUCUGCUGUGAGGGACCUUGGACUGGGUGACAGGACAAGGGCUGCAGGAGCACAGUUGACUUAGAGGCCCAUGGUGGUGAGGGCAGUGUGGGGAGGGAGGGCCUGUGAAGCAGAGCAUGCAGGCAGAGGCCAGGUGAGUGGCACAGUGUCAGUGGGGGUAAGAGCUGAGAGAGAAUGUGAGGGAGACAUAAGGAGGCAAGGGUAGUCCCUAUGAGAAGCUGACUGUAACACAUGUGGUCUCACUGUUGGAGCCACACAGGGGUAAGGAUCCCCAGCCUCUAGCAGGGCAGGGUAUAGAAGGCAGGGGUCCAAGGUACCUGCUCACCUUGAAUGGUAUGAAGGAGUAAUUCCCAGGCUAUUCACUGCAAUAGGGGUAGGGGACCCUGGAGCCCCCUAACCACUACCUUCUGGGCUUGGGGCUGACCAACUGCUGGCUGACCACUGAGCCUUAGGGUAUCCCUUAGAAGGAUUUAUCCAUCCCUAUGAGGAAUAAGCCCAUAGGCUGGAUGCCUGGCCAUGGGUUGAAGGCAGAGCUAGAUGGUAGGGUAAAGGUGGAGGUGCAGUGAACCAAAAGGCACCUGAAACAGAGGAGCACGAUGUGGUUGGUCAGUUAUCCUUGCUUUGCCACUCCAUAGCUCUGCAACCUUGGGCCAGUUAUUGGGCUCUCUCUGCCUCAGUUUCCUCAUCUGGAGAUGGGAUGAGUUACACUAACCUCCUAGGCUGCUGUGAGGAUGUGAUGAAUACUCAGGUGUGAAGCUGUAGCACAGGAGAAGCUCCAGGAAAUGUUUUGUGUCUUAUUAAUGUCAAGCAGCAUGUGUGUGAACCCCUCUAGACAUAGAUGUAACAGGUGCCUCUGAGGGAGGUGAAGGGUACUCUGUGUACUGGUAGGUAGGCUUAGGUCAUCAGGAUAGAAAUGCAGGGUCCUUUAGGUUGAGGAUUGAGUGGGAGGAUGUCUUUGACUUUGAUCUGAACAUCCUGUCUGGAGCUGCUGGGUGCUGAGUAUCUGUCUUAGCUGCCUGGAUUGUGUUCAGGGUCCUGUUUGGGGCAGCAUUCUGGUUGCUAGUGGUUCCAGAUGGUGCCCUGUAAGGGAAGGUAGACAGGGUCUGGAGAAAGUAAAUGCCUGGAAUGUGUAUGACCUUUUCAUUUCAGAGGGUACCAGCUGGCCCAUUGCAGGCCCCUUACCUGCUGCGUUAAGAGUGCACUUUCUUUGUGCCCUGGCCUGGCUCCUGGGCCAGCUUAAGGACCAGAUAGAUCACCCCUGCUCACUCCGAACAGUAGUCAGCUAGUUGAAUACAGCAUGUCAAUACUAAGGUACCUGGUCCCCAGCUCUCCUGCUAUUGCUGGGAAGGAAGGGCUGAGAGAAAGGCCUUCUAUCCUGUGGCCUGGCCUCUUUCAGUCCUAAAGGUGAUGAGCUGGCCACAUUCUUGGGCCCCAUCUACUGUCCCCACCCAUGUUCCUACUCUCCCUCUAGAGCAGGUUGGGGCUGUUUGAGAUGGCCUCAGUUACCUCCCAACCCUCACCUGUGAGCUUGAAGGGGUCCAAGACCUUGGAUCAGAGCUGCUGUGGUCUGACUGUGGGGUGGUGGUAGGUCAGGGACAAUGACUGAAGACGCCGUAGGCCCUCUACACAUGUUCUGUGCUCCAGCUGGCUUGAGGGAGUGUGCCUGCAUGUUGAGGUGUGGGUGGAGCAGCAGGAAGGUACUGUCCUUCAUUUCUUCUCCCUCUUCCUGUAGCUGGGCUUUUCCUAGGCAGCAGCUGGCUGGUGCAGUCCAGCAUAUAUGGUAGGCUGUGCAGCGGAAGCUGUCUUAACCUCCCUGCAGCGCACACUGGCCCACGCUGGUCCUCCAGGCAUCAGAGCCCAGUACUGAUGAUGGGAUGCUGCCAGCAGAUGGCAGAAUGAAUGGUCUGUGUUUUCCUGCUGCCCAGCCUGCCAUCCAGGCUGCAUCCUGGUCCCUGAUAGUACAGAGCUGACAUGUAGGUGUGUGUGUGUGGGGGGUCUCAGUUUCACAAGCUGAAACUGGAGGGUCUCUUCACGCUGUGCCUUUUUUGGAAACACCCGCUGUGUCCUGGUGUGUGUUGUGGGUCCGGAAGCUGUUCUGCACUUGUAACUGAGGAACCUGUUUGUGGGGUGUGAGUAGGACUGGGUGUGGAGAGGAUGGUGAUGUAGCCAACUGUAUACAUCCAACAAGCCCUAAUUAGGCUGUGGUUUAUGCUGUGCGCUGGAGCUUGCCGUCUUGCCCAGCCAGCCGACAGAUGCACCUGGAGGGACUUUGGUUCUCAUGGUCCCGCUGCAGGCCCCAUGAUCUGCCAGAGAGCUUCCCAGAAGAGGGACAAUGGACUGAGACCUGAAGGCCAAGUCUGGAGUCAUGGAGGCGCAGAGCUCAGGACGAAUGCUUGCUGGGUUGGUCAAUCCAUGCACCCCAAUGAGGCUGUUGAUCUCUGCCCUCAGAGGACUUUAAGACUGAGUGUAAAGUGAGAGUUUGCAUUUCACAUGAGUGGAAUGGAGAGAGCAGCACUGGAUGGUGACUGUCCUCUCUGUGCCCACUCCCUAGAGGAGAGGCUGCAGAGAGCAACCCUCUGAAGGAUGCUGGCCCUGCCUGGCCUUGGAGGAGAGGCUACAGAGCAGAGGCUGCUGUCCCUGUCUGCACACCCCCUCUUCCUUCCUCUGCCUGCUGCCUCGUGGCAAGAACUGGGGAGUGGGGAGGGCCAGGGACAGAUCCUGCAGCGCUUCCCAGAGAAGGACUGGGAGGACAACCCUUUCCCUCAGGGCAUUGAGCUGUUUUGCCAGCCCAGUGGGUGGCAGCUGUGUCCCGAAAGGAACCCACCGACCUUCUUUGUUGCUGUCCUCACUGACAUCAACUCCGAGCGUCACUACUGUGCCUGCUUGACCUUCUGGGAACCAGCUGAACCUACACAGGAAGUGGUGUGCACCGAGGAUGCUACGGAGAGGGAGGAGGAGGCAGAUGACCGAGGCCAGGCACAGUUGUCGCCCACAGCACCAGCCCAGUCUGGCCAGCUCUUUGCUCCAAAGACUCUAGUGCUGGUGUCACGACUGGACCACACGGAGGUGUUCAGGAAUAGCCUUGGUCUCAUCUAUGCUAUUCACGUGGAGGGCCUGAAUGUGUGCCUGGAGAAUGUGAUUGGGAACCUUCUGACAUGCACUGUCCCCUUGGCUGGGGGUUCACAGAGAACGAUCUCUUUGGGGGCUGGUGACCGGCAGGUCAUUCAGACCCCACUGGCAGACUCGCUGCCUGUCAGUCGCUGUAGUGUGGCUCUGCUCUUCCGCCAGCUGGGUAUCACCAAUGUGUUGUCUUUGUUCUGUGCUGCCCUCACGGAGCAUAAGGUCCUCUUCCUGUCCCGAAGCUACCAGCGGCUUGCAGAUGCUUGCAGGGGCCUCCUGGCAUUGCUGUUCCCUCUCAGAUACAGCUUCACCUAUGUGCCCAUCCUGCCGGCGCAGCUGCUGGAAGUCCUCAGCACACCCACACCCUUCAUUAUUGGGGUCAACGCAGCCUUCCAGGCAGAGACCCAGGAGCUGUUGGACGUGAUUAUUGCUGAUCUUGAUGGAGGGACAGUUACUGUCCCUGAGUGUGUGCACAUUCCACCCCUUCCGGAGCCGCUACAGAGCCAGACCCACAGUGUUCUGAGCAUGGUCCUGGAUCCAGAGCUGGAGUUGGCUGACCUCGCUUUCCCACCCCCCACAACAUCUUCUUCCUCCCUGAAGAUGCAGGACAAGGAGCUGCGUGCUGUUUUUCUGCGGCUCUUUGCUCAGCUCCUGCAGGGCUACCGCUGGUGCUUGCACAUCGUGCGGAUCCACCCUGAACCCGUCAUCCGCUUCCAUAAGGCAGCCUUUUUGGGCCAGCGUGGACUGGUGGAGGAUGAUUUCCUGAUGAAGGUGCUGGAGGGCAUGGCCUUUGCAGGCUUCGUGUCAGAACGUGGGGUCCCUUAUCGCCCCACAGACCUGUUCGAUGAGCUGGUGGCCCAUGAGGUGGCACGGAUGCGUGCAGAUGAGAACCACCCUCAGCGUGUCCUGCGUCAUGUCCAAGAACUGGCAGAGCAACUCUAUAAGAAUGAGAACCCAUACCCAGCUGUGGCGAUGCACAAGGUGCAGAGGCCAGGUGAAGCUAGUCACCUGCGACGGGCACCACGGCCCUUCCCCCGGCUGGAUGAGGGCACUGUGCAGUGGAUUGUCGACCAGGCUGCAGCCAAGAUGCAGGGUGCACCUCCAGCUGUAAAGACUGAGAGGAGGACCACCGUGCCCUCUGGGCCUCCCAUGACGGCCAUACUAGAGCGGUGCAGUGGGCCACAUGUCAACAGUGCCCGCCGGCUGGAAGUGGUACGGAACUGCAUCUCCUAUGUGUUUGAGGGGAAGAUGCUUGAGGCCAAGAAGCUGCUCCCGGCUGUGCUCAGGGCCCUGAAGGGGCGAGCUGCCCGCCGCUGCCUUGCCCAGGAGUUGCACCUGCAUGUACAGCAAAACCGGGCAGUCCUGGACCACCAGCAGUUUGACUUUGUCGUCCGCAUGAUGAAUUGCUGCCUGCAGGACUGUACCUCCCUGGACGAGCAUGGCAUCGCUGCUGCCCUGCUGCCUCUGGUCACCGCCUUCUGCCGGAAGCUGAGCCCAGGGGUGACACAGUUUGCAUACAGCUGCGUGCAGGAGCACGUGGUGUGGAGCACGCCACAGUUCUGGGAGGCCAUGUUCUACGGGGAUGUACAGACCCACAUCCGGGCCCUCUACCUGGAGCCCUCUGAGGACUCAGUGAGCCCCUUCCAGGAGGUUGGUGAAACGCAGACUCAGGAGGAUGAGCGCUCUGCCCUGGAUGUGGCUUCAGAGCAACGGCGCCUGUGGCCAACCCUGAGCCGUGAGAAGCAGCAGGAGUUGGUGCAGAAAGAGGAGAGCACGGUGUUCAGCCAGGCCAUCCACUACGCCAACCGCAUGAGCUACCUCCUGCUGCCUCUGGACAGUAGCAAGAGUCGCCUUUUGCGGGAGCGGGCGGGACUGGGAGACCUGGAGAGCGCCAGUAACAGUCUGGUCACCAACAGCAUGGCGGGUAGUGUGGCUGAGAGCUAUGACACGGAGAGUGGCUUUGAGGACGCAGAAACCUGUGAUGUGGCCGGGGCCGUGGUCCGCUUUAUCAACCGCUUUGUGGACAAGGUCUGCACAGAGAGUGGGGUCACCAGCGACCACCUCAAGGGGCUGCAUGUCAUGGUGCCAGACAUUGUCCAGAUGCAUAUUGAGACCCUGGAGGCCGUGCAUCGUGAGAGCAAGAGGCUGCCCCCCAUCCAGAAGCCUAAGCUGCUGCGGCCACGCUUGUUGCCUGGUGAGGAGUGUGUCCUAGAUGGCCUGAGAGUCUACCUACUGCCUGACGGGCGUGAGGAAGGUGCAGGGGGCAGUGGAGGGGGCCCUGCAUUACUCCCAGCUGAGGGUGCUGUCUUCCUCACCACAUACCGGGUCAUUUUCACAGGGAUGCCUACUGACCCUCUCGUGGGAGAACAGGUGGUGGUCCGCUCCUUCCCAGUGGCUGCUCUGACCAAGGAGAAGCGCAUCAGUGUUCAGACUCCUGUGGACCAGCUCCUGCAGGAUGGGCUGCAGCUGCGGUCCUGCACGUUCCAGCUGCUGAAAAUGGCCUUUGAUGAAGAGGUGGGGUCUGAUAGUGCUGAACUCUUUCGCAAGCAGCUGCACAAGCUUCGGUACCCACCAGACAUUAGGGGCACCUUUGCGUUCACCCUGGGCUCCGCCCACACGCCUUGCCGUCCAUCUCGCGCUGCCAAGGACAAAGGUCCUUCUCUCCGAACCCUGUCCCGGAACCUGGUGAAGAAUGCCAAGAAGACCAUCGGGCGACAAUAUGUAACUCGGAAGAAGUACAACCCCCCCAGCUGGGAGCACCGGGGCCAACCACCCCCUGAGGACCAGGAGGACGAGAUCUCAGUGUCAGAGGAGCUCGAGCCCAGUACACUGACCCCGUCCUCAGCACUGAAGCCCUCGGACCGCAUGACCAUGAGCAGUCUAGUAGAACGGGCAUGUUGCCGUGACUACCAGCGCCUUGGCCUGGGCACCCUGAGCAGCAGCCUGAGCCGGGCCAAGUCUGAGCCCUUCCGCAUCUCCCCUGUCAACCGCAUGUAUGCCAUCUGUCGCAGCUACCCAGGGUUGCUGAUUGUCCCCCAGAGCAUCCAGGACAAUGCCCUACAGCGUGUGUCUCGUUGCUACCGCCAGAACCGCUUCCCUGUGGUCUGCUGGCGUAGUGGGCGCUCCAAGGCUGUGCUGCUGCGCUCCGGAGGCCUGCACGGCAAGGGUGUUGUUGGCCUCUUUAAGGCUCAGAACGCACCUUCUCCAGGCCAGUCCCAGGCAGACUCCAGCAGCUUGGAGCAGGAGAAGUACUUGCAGGCAGUGGUCAGCUCCAUGCCCCGCUAUGCUGAUUCAUCGGGACGAAACACGCUCAGUGGCUUCUCCUCAGCCCACAUGGGUGGUCAUGUGCCCAGCCCCAGAGCCAGGGUUACCACGCUGUCCAACCCCAUGGCGGCCUCGGCCUCUAGACGGACCGCGCCCCGAGGGAAGUGGGGAAGCGUCCGGGCCAGUGGGCGCAGCAGUGGGCUUGGCACUGAUGUGGGCUCUCGGUUAGCUGGCAGAGAUGUCCUGAGCCCCCCCCAGGCCAAUGGGGCCCCCCCUGACCCAGGCUUUCUGCGGCCCCAGCGUGCAGCCCUCUACAUCAUUGGGGACAAAGCACAGCUCAAGGGUGUGAGACCAGAUCCUUUGCAGCAGUGGGAACUGGUGCCCAUCGAGGUGUUUGAGGCAAGGCAGGUGAAGGCUAGCUUCAAGAAACUGCUAAAGGCCUGCGUCCCUGGCUACCCUGCUGCCGAGCCCAGCCCAGCCUCCUUCCUGCGCUCACUGGAAGACUCAGAGUGGCUGAUCCAGAUCCAUAAGCUGCUGCAGAUAUCGGUGCUGGUAGUAGAACUCUUGGACUCAGGCUCUUCUGUCCUGGUGAGCCUGGAGGAUGGCUGGGACAUCACCACCCAGGUGGUAUCCUUGGUGCAGCUGCUCUCAGAUCCCUUCUACCGCACUCUGGAAGGCUUCCGCCUGCUGGUGGAGAAGGAGUGGCUAUCCUUUGGCCAUCGCUUUAGCCACCGUGGGGCCCACACCCUGGCUGGGCAAAGCAGUGGCUUCACUCCUGUGUUCCUGCAGUUUCUGGACUGUGUAUACCAGGUCCACCUGCAGUUCCCCAUGGAGUUUGAGUUCAGCCAGUUCUACCUCAAGUUCCUCGGUUACCACCACGCAUCCCGCCGUUUCCGGACCUUUCUGCUGGACUCUGACUAUGAGCGUAUUGAGUUGGGACUGCUGUAUGAAGAGAAGGGUGACCGCAAGGGCCAGCUGGCAUGCAGAUCUGUGUGGGAGUAUGUGGACCGACUGAGCAAGAGGACUCCUGUGUUCUAUAACUAUACAUAUGCGCCCGAGGACACGGAGGUCCUGCGGCCCUACAGCAAUGUGUCCAACCUGAAAGUGUGGGAUUUCUAUACUGAGGAGACGCUGGCUGAGGGCCCUCCCUAUGACUGGGAGCUGGCCCAGGGGCCCCCUGAGCCACCAGAGGAGGAACGACCUGAUGGAGGCGCUCCCCAGAGCAGGCGCCGUGUGGUAUGGCCGUGCUAUGACAGCCGUCCUCGAGUCCAGCCGGAUGCCAUCUCACGCUUGCUAGAGGAACUGCAGCGGCUGGAGACAGAGCUGGGUCGACCCCCUGAGCGCUGGAAGGAUACCUGGGACCGAGUGAAGGCUGCACAGUGCCUUGAAGGCCGGCCAGAUGGACGUAGUACCCCCAGCUCCCUACUAGUAUCCAGUGUGCCACACCAUCGCCGCUCGCUGGGUGUGUACCUACAGGAGGGGCCCGUGGGUUCCACCUUGAGCCUCAGCCUGGACAGUGACCAGAGCAGUGGCUCAACCACAUCCAGUUCCCGCCAGGCUGCCCGCCGAAGCACCAGCACCCUGUACAGCCAGUUCCAGACAGCUGAGAGCGAGAACAGGUCCUAUGAGGGUACUCUGUACAAGAAGGGGGCCUUCAUGAAGCCUUGGAAGGCCCGCUGGUUUGUGCUAGACAAGACCAAGCACCAGCUGCGUUACUAUGACCACCGUGUGGACACAGAGUGCAAGGGUGUCAUUGACUUGGCGGAGGUGGAGGCUGUGGUGCCUGGCACGCCCACCAUGGGUGCCCCCAAGACUGUGGACGAGAAGGCCUUCUUUGACGUGAAGACGACGCGUCGCGUUUACAACUUCUGUGCCCAGGACGUGCCCUCGGCCCAGCAGUGGGUGGACCGGAUCCAGAGCUGCCUGUCGGACGCCUGACCCUCCCGGCCCUGCCUGGGCUGCUCUGCUUCCAGUCGUUACAGACCACUUAGGGGUGGGCAGGGCCGCCCCGGCCAUGUUUACAGCCCCGGCCCUCGACAGUAUUGAGGCCCUGAGCCCCCAGCACUUGUAUGUACAGCCCCCGCCCCGCCCUGCCCAGCCGGCCCUAACUUAUUGUGGUGUCAUGGCUGAGCGCCAAGCCAGAUGCGGCCAUGGUACAGCCCUUCAGUGGCCCUGUAAAUAGUCCACCCUGCCUGUUGGUGUGCUGGCCCCGGCUGGCUGGCUGUGAUGAGCUGUUUGUAGAACCAGAGUCUAUAUAAAGAGAGAACUAACGA